GCCGGCCCUCCGCACUCACCCAGAGAUAAACAGCAGCCAGGCUAGCAAAGUAGCAAGCGAUCUAGGCAGAGCUCGCUCUCGAUCCAUGGCGUUCAUGCGGUACCGUGCGCUGCCGCAGGGGGAGGUGACGGCGGAGGAGUUCUGGGCGUGGCUGGGGCAGUUCGACGCGGACCACGACGGCCGGAUCAGCCGGGACGAGCUUCAGCGCGCGCUGCGGAGCCUCAACCUGUGGUUCGCGUCCUGGAAGGCGCGGGAAGGGGUGCGUUCCGCAGACGCCAACCGCGACGGCGCCGUCGGCAGGGAGGAGGCCGGCCGGCUCUUCGCCUACGCGCAGAGGCAGCUCGGCGGCAAGAUCACCCAGCUCCGAUCCUACUGAUCGGUCAGACUUGGCGCCAGUUGAGUUUCAGGCUUUGAGCUGUACCUGUGAAUGAGUGUGGAGCAUGUAUGUACGUUUUGUGUUUCUCGAAUUCGUGUGGCACAAUUUUCUCAAAGUUUCUAAGGGUGUUUGCAUUCGUAUGUUCAGCACCAAUUGUGAAUUCUGUGAAGAUUUGUGUGCACGGAAAUCAUCCUUGUUUUUCAGGAAAUCCGUAGAGGGCAUGUCUGUCCUGUGGUGUUCUAUCGCAACACCUUAGGAUGCGUUUGGUUGCAAUAGGGUGGCCAGAGAAGGGUUGGGAUCGGUUAAAAAUUAAAAAUGUUUGGUUAUAA